CCCAAGUUUAGGUCGAUCAUCGAGCCAUUAGUUAGUUCGAAUAUACGUGCAUCUAGAAUUCAAGAAUUAUGGAUGGUGCUGCCAACAGCAGUGGUCAAAGCGUCCCGCCAAUGAAAAGAUUCAGACGAGAUGAGCUCGCUGAUCCUACCAAUCCUGAGCCAUCACUGGUAGUUCAUGUUCGGAACUUGAACCCAAAAGCAACAGAGGCGGAUCUCAUAGAAGCUCUUGGGACAUUUGGUCUGAUCGCUUAUGUGACAGUCAUACCAGCUCAGAAGAUGGCACUGGUUGAAUUUGAGGAUAUCGAAGCUGCCAGAGCCUGCGUCACAUUUGCGUCUUCAAACCUCAUUUUUGUUGCUGGCGAUGCAGCAUUAUUCAACUACUCCACUUCGCAAAAUAUUCAACGACUUGGCUUCGAAUCGGAAAAUCCCUGCAAGGUGUUGGUUAUAACCGUAUACAAUGCUCAAUAUCCAAUCGAUGUCCAUGUCAUUCAUCAAAUUUGUGAGCCGCAUGGAAAAGUCCUUAGAAUUGCUAUAGUUCGAAAGUCACUGAUGCAAGCACUGGUAGAGUUUGAGAGUGCUGAAAUCGCCAAAAAAGUGAAACAUGCCAUCAAUGGUGCCGAUAUCUAUUCUGGAUGUUGUACGCUCAAGGUCGAGUUCGCGAAGCCAGACUAUGUCAAGGUGACUCGGCAAGACAACGACCAAUAUGAUUUCACUUUGCCUAACGAUGGCAGCGCUCACAGCUUUGAACACCGGCAGCGCAAAACUCUUCUUCCAGGUGGAGGACCAGCUCCAUAUCCAGGCAAUGGACCGGACUACGGCAAUCGUAACGGUUACGACGACCCAUAUGCAUUCAGAGGAUCAUUUAGCGGUCGUGGAUAUGAUAGUUAUGGCGGGCCUCCCAGAGGUAGUUUUCCGGCUCGUGGCCGACGUCCGCCGUUGGCUUCUCGUGGAGCUUUUGAUGAAUAUGAGAAUAUGCAGCAAUUUCCACCCACGGGAGGAUCGGGAUGUGUGCUUAUGGUUUAUGGAAUUGAACAAGAGAAAAUCAACUGUGAGAUGCUGUUCAACUUAUUCUGUCAGUAUGGCAACGUUUUGAGGAUCAGAUUUAUGGCUACAAAGAAAGACACGGCCAUGGCUGAGUUAGGGACACCAAUGGCUGUUACGCACGUAUUAAAGUUUUUACAAGGAGUUUCUCUCUUUGGUCUCACAUUGCAGCUGAAACCGAGCAUACAGACUUGUGUUCGGGACGUUCACGACCCCUUUGAUAUGCCGGAUGGUUCUCCAUCAUUCCGAGAUUAUUCAAUGUCUGCACUCCAACGUUUCUCGACUCCUGAUGCUGCAGCACGAAACCGUCUCAUUUUUCCAACAAACAUGCUUCACUGGUACAACGCUCCUGUGAAUAUGGACGAAGCUAAGAUCAGACAACUGUUUGCGGAAAAAAAUGCGCCAGAGCCCAAGUCAGUCACUGUUUUCACGGGUCGUAGUGAGAGAUCUUCGUCCGGAACCGUAGAAAUGGAAACCAUUGAGCAAGCGAAUGAAGCGCUGGCUCUUGUAAAUCAUACUCCUGUUGUGAGCCCACUCGGAAAGACGCCGUACAUCGUUAAACUGGCCUAUGCUACACCAUCACGUCGUCAUGGAGAUGCAACGGAAGAGGGCGCUGGUGAUAGCACUACUAAUCACUCUCCUAGAGGUGGUUUUCGAGGAGGUCCGCGCGGAAGUAGACGCGGUUUCGGGAACGGUUAUCGGGGAGGGCGAGGUGGUUACCGAGGAUCAUAUCAAGAAUACUAGACGGGAUAGCAAAGAUGACGGGAUAGCAGAGAUGCAUACUUUUGCCCUCAUCCUAGGCCGCUAGCGUUGGCGGUUGUUUGAUGAUGUUGUUUUGUUGUUUGUUCAUUGUUACGGUGCAGUAUCGAUUUAGACUUUGGUUGGCGGUAGAGUAGAUGACCAUAGUCUAAUUUUUCUAUAUAGUUGGUGCAUAUACACAUGUGCUAAUUUUGCAAUCACAACGAGCAGAUUGCUAGAGCGAUUUAAAUAUCCUUUCCCAUCAUUGCAGCUAAUUUUUCACAGACCAAUUCCUGUCGCUACCUGUACUCGUUAUGAGAAAAACACGACAUGCAAAGAUUUCAACAGAUCCAAUUUCGAUGCAAUGAACUGAACAAAAUCGCAGUCCGCUCUGUAUUCUGUGUUGUGUUUUGUUCAUGAUGAAUGAUUACCAGGUUUUUAUGCUGUUGUCUGC